ACACCUCAAGGCCCAAUUUCUAAAACCCCAAGCAGCCUCCCUCCAACGACGAAUUCGAGAUCGCCAAGCAGCGGCGAGACGGCGGCGCGGCCGGCGAAGAGAAUCCAAGAGCCCGCGAGCGCGAGGCGCGGGGACGCAUCGUCGAGCGGGAGGAGGAGGAGGAAGAACAAGAGGUCGUCCUCCCUCCCCCCUCGUAUUGGAGGCUCGGAGCUGAGAUGCCGCUGUACGACUGUAUGCUGCUGGUGAAGCCGCUGGUGGCUCGGGAGUCCGUGGCGGAGCUGGUGGGGCGGGUGGCGCUGCGCGCGUACCAGCGCAACGGCGUCGUCACCGACCUCAAGUCCUUCGGCAAGGUGCACCUCGGCUACGGCAUCAAGAAGCUCGACGGACGACACUUCCAGGGCCAGCUUAUGCAAAUGACCAUGAUGGUUCCACCUUCCUUCACUCAAGAACUCCACUAUCUGAACAAGGAGGACAGGCUGCUUCGCUGGCUGGUGGUGAAGCAUAGAGAUGCGGUGUACGGCCUGGAGUUCAUCAACGAGGAUGACGGGAGGAAUGAGAUGAGCGGUUUCAACUUUACUCAUAUGAAGGAUGAUGAUAUUGAACCCGAUGACGAGGACGAUGAGGACGACGACGACGAUUACGAGUAUGAGGUCGAGGAGGAAGAGUAGAACUGCUUGGCAUGGUUUCAGUCAGUAUUGUCAGACAUGUUUUCCUACAAACCAUAUGUUGUCUUCCGAAUAUCAAUGACUAAAAAGUAGGAUGACAAGCAGAACCUAUGAACUUUUUGUCGCGUAUUUUUCCACUCCGGAGCAUUCCUGGCAUUUUGGCGUUUCAGGUAUGUGCUACAUUCCGGGAUGCAUGUUGUAUGACGUUGUACGGUAGGUAUGAAUAAGCAACAAAUCUUUAGGGCUACAAUUGCUACUAGGCUCUUUCUUGGU